AUGAUCCAAGAAGAAAUUUCAACAAAACCGUCUCCUUUUCCUCAAGCUGAUAUAGUCCCCCCUGCGCCAAGAUCCAUUACUACAGCUGCUCUUCAUCAGGGUGAUCAGUUAACAAAAGUUGAAAGGGAUGUGGCUACAAUGAAACGAUGUAUGGCUUUAGGCGAUGAUGAUGAUAUGGUUGUUGAUGAAGCCCCGCUAAGCUCUCCAGGUGAUCAACUCAUCCACCUCCACCCCAUCAAAAAAUCUUCCUCCACCACCUCCUCCACCAUCUAA